UCUUUUCUCAACUCCUCCCAACCACCAUUGAACUGCAAAUAUCCGUCACUUACCACAUACGCUGUGAUUACCGUCGCUGUGAUUACCGUCGCUCGCUGUCAUUACCGUUCUCGCCGCUCUCGAAAAUAUACAGAUUCAACUCCAAAACCAAACGACAAGCCGGCCCCCUAACCUCAUCUCAUCUCACCCCCGUCGUCUCACCACCACACCGCACCCGCACCGCAGCACAAAAUGUCCCCCGUCUCCGCCGCUGCGACCGCCCUCGUCGCACUAAUCCACACGUACAUCCUCGUACUCGAGAUGUUCCUCUGGACGAAGCCACGAGGGCGGCGCGCGUUCGGGCUGACGGCCGAGUUCGCGGCGCAGACGCGCACGCUGGCCGCCAACCAGGGCCUCUACAACGGUUUCCUGGCCGCGGGGCUGGCGUGGGGUCUGGCGCACCCCGUUCCCGAGUUCGCCGCGCAGAUCCGCUUGUUCUUCUUGGGCUGUGUUGUCGUUGCCGGUGUGUACGGCGGCGCGACGGCCAAUCGCCGUAUUCUCUUUGUCCAGGCCGUCCCGGCGGCGGUGGCGGGCGCGAGCGUGCUCUUUCUUGGGUGAAGGGGUGAUUGGGUAAUGGGUUGGUUUGGGUGUCUGAUGAUGGGUGGUUCUUUUAAAGGUGGGGAGUGGGAAUGCGGUGGUGGGUGAAUGAAUCAAUGGGCUUUGUGGUGGCUUGGGUUUGAGAUGCAAGGAGAGGCCGCGCUGGGGUAUUCUUGACGUUGUGGU